AAUAAGAUUACUGGGCUUUAGAAACCUCUCAUGCUAAGUAAUCCUCUAUAAAUCAGAACAAGUCACACCUGCCGCCGCACUUCGGAACUGUAGUUCGAACACUACGCAAGUUUCCUAGUUGUUCUUAUUCUUGUUUAGCCUUUAAAAUGGUGUAUAAUUUUAAAGUGUUCAAGAAAUGUUCUCCCAACGGAAAGCUUACCUUGUAUAUGGCGAAGCGGGACUUCGUGGAUCAUAUAUCGUAUGUAGAACCGAUAGACGGCAUCGUGGUCGUGGAUGAGGAGUACGUUCGAGAUCGUCGCGUGUUCGCUCAGGUGGUGUGCACCUUCAGGUACGGUCGCGAGGAGGACGAGGUGAUGGGCUUGUCCUUCUAUAAGGAACUGUAUCUCGCCUCUGAACAAGUCUAUCCACCGCUUCAGAAACGUCCUUACGAACUCACACGAACACAGGAGCGCUUAGUGAGGAAGCUGGGUCAGUGGGCGCUGCCAUUCCGCUUAACCCUCCCGGCGGGUUCGCCUGGAUCCGUAACGCUACAGCCAGGACUGGAGGAAGAAGGAGAACCCUGCGGAGUUCACUACUACGUAAAGUUGUUUGUGGGAGAAACUGAGAUCGACCGCUCACAUAGGAGGAGCACUGUGGCGCUCGGUAUCCGCAAAGUUCAGUUUGCUCCGGAUAAGCCCGGGCCACAGCCCUGCACCGUCGUCCGAAAGGACUUCGUGCUGUCCCCGGGGCAACUUGAAUUGGAGCUUACUCUAGAUAAACAGCUUUAUAUUCACGGGGAGACAGUUGCAGUGAACAUAAGUAUAAGGAACCACAGCAACAAAGUGGUGAAGAAGAUUAAGGCGAGUAUCCUGCAAUCUGUAGAUAUCGUCCUGUUUCAGAAUGGCCAGUAUCGGAAUGUUGUCACAGGAAUUGAGACACAGGAUGGUUGCCCACUGCAACCAGGAGCCAACAUGCAGAAAGUAGUCCAGCUCCGUCCUACUCUGGGAGCUCUGCGUGACCGCCGUGGACUCGCGCUUGACGCUCAGCUCAAAAGACAGGAGACCACGCUCGCCUCCACCACGCUACUGUUGGACCCCGAGCAUAUGUUCGAACAUCGUCAGUGCAACUCACUUGUAUUUUACUGUUCCAGUCUGUUGGACCCCGAGCAGCGUGAUGCGUUCGGGAUCGUGGUCAGCUACAGCGUCAAGGUCAAACUGUACCUCGGAGCGCUCGGCGGAGAGCUCAGCGCCGAACUGCCCUUCAUACUUAUGCAUCCGAAGGAAGGUCGUACUAAACUAAUCCAGGCAGACAGCGAGGCAGAUGUAGAAAUGUUUAGACAGGACACAGUCAUGCAUCAGGAGAGUGUCGAGGUUUACUAAACGAGGAUCUGAUCUCAUCUAUGCAACACUACACAGGCGAUUAAUAUUUUAACUAGGAAUAUAGAAUAAGCCACCUGCUAUUUAUUUAUUGUAUCCAGUUCACGACACUUGUUUAAAAUUGUCAUAAAGAUGUAAUGAAGUAAAAAAGAUUGCAUUCGUAUAAAAUACUUUUUUAUGUAGUAAGUAGAAAAUGUAUGUGUGUUAUAUUUUUUUAUUUACUCGUCAUAUCUUGUGUUCAAUGGAAUAAAAUUUAAAGAUAA